AACAUGAACUACACAAACCAAAUGGAGGACAGUAACUUCUCCUGCUACAGCUCCUCGRUGGUGGAGUACCGGUACUUUGCUGUGRUGUGGGGAUGUUUUGUGAUCAYCGCUGGAAYUGUGGGGAACCUGAUGACCAUCCUGGCCUUCGCCCUGGACUCCCGUCUCCAGACUCGCUUCAACGUGCUCAUCGUUAACCUGGCAGUGGCUGACCUUCUCUACUGCACCAUCCUGCAGCCCAUCUCUGUAGACACCUACCUGCACCUCAGAUGGCGUAUUGAUCGGGCCUGGUGCCAAAUCUUUGCGUUACUCGUCUUCCUCACCAACGGCGUUUCCAUCAUCACCCUCUGCCUGGUGGCAGUGAGCCGAUACCUCCUGAUUGCAAAAAGUGCAGUUUUCAACCGUGUGUUUACCAACUUUGGACUUACUUUACUCGUGGUCUUAGCUUGGGGUCUGGGUCUGGCCAGCUUCGCCCCGCUCUGGUCUGUUUACACUUUUGUACCUCAGGUGUGCUCCUGCAGCUUCCAUCGUAUCAAAGGCCGUCCCUACUCCGCCAUCAUACUUUUCAUCUAUUUCGUCAUCGGUCUAGGAUGUAUUGGAAUCCCCUACAUGCUCAUCUACAGAAAAGUCAGGCGUGUAUCAAAAGCUCUGCUCCGCCACAGGCUGAGUAGAAGCUGUUCUUGGAAGAUAUCUACUACUUCCGCUCAGGGGACGGACGAUAGCGGAGUGGGAAGUGGUGUGGGGAAGACAUGUAGCUCAGAGAUUAGCAGGCAAGCAGAACCGGACCAAAACACACAUGAUAGCGAAAAGGCUAUCCUCCCAUCUCAGAGCUCAGCUGUGCUACAGUCGCAGUCUGCGACUCCAGAUUAUAACGAAUUUGACCGUGUGACCCGCAUGUGUUUUGCUGUGUUUGUCUGCUUUGUGUGCUCCUUUGUCCCAUAUUUGCUACUAAACAUAGCGGACAAAGAAAACCAAGCCCCGCAGAUAUUGCACAUGUUCUGUGCCAACCUCACCUUUAUCAACACCUUCAUUAACCCUAUUCUGUACGCGGUCCUGAACAGACAAUUUCGUCAGGUCUACAGCAAGCUGCUCAGCCGAGCUGCUGCUCCUUUCAUCCGCCUCUGCAGCUGGUGCCGAAUCUACAAAAUCUGAUUUCAUAAAACCUACUUUGGUUGAUCCAUGAGUCCAUAGUGUCCAUUUCAGGCUUUCUGGUUUUAUGUCUUCUCUGGGUCUCUCAGGGAAAACAUUUCCUGAAAGCUACCAGCAUUGACUUUUUAUUGUGUUUAAUUAGAACUGGACUACAUGACUGAAAAAACUUAUCAUGAAGUCAAUGUCAGUAAUUGUCGAUAUAGAUAAUUAUUAAUUAGGUUUUUGUUUUAAAUAUCUGAAAUACUCUCAAUGCGGUGGCAUAACCUUUCCUGUUUUAUCCUCAGUUUCUACUCCACGCCAUUGGUUUAUACGUCAUUGGUUUAACAGUUAUGAGAAACCUUAAACUUCUACUGCGCCAGUUGUGUUGUUGCUAGGUAACUGAAGUUGGAAAGAAUUUGAAACUGCAGUUUGCUAGGUAACCAAAGAAUGUUAGUUGAUUCCCUAGACAUCAUUUCACCAACUUUGAGAGGUUUGCCCACAUUUCCCAGAAUGCUGUGCGGAAGUUCUUUGAUCAAGUAAAAAAAACAACAACAAAAGGCUGAUUUUAAAUCACAUUUCCUUCACUUAUAUUAUUUUAUCUCAUAGAUAUUUAAAUCUAUUUUGAAGUAUAAAUUUAGGUCACACUUUACAAUUCAAUGAGCAGAUAUCUUUGUACUCCACUGUAUGUUGUUUAUUGUGUAAUAAAUUGUAUUAAGAGGUUAA